GAAUUUUUACCAUUUAGUUUAGUUUUGAGCAUGCUUGUGGGUGGUGGUGCCGGUUUCAUACGGUAAUUUAGUAUUGCAUUUUGAUUGUUUACUAUCGUAAUUUUCUUGAUUUGGAGUAGUUUAAAGGUUUGCUUUAAUAAAUCUAUGGACUUUCUACAUAAAACAGUGCAUUUCAGGUCUUUGUAUCGUUAUUGUAUUAUAAUUUAUACGUUAAUCGAGUGUAUCUUGAAUCGUUGAGAUCAGAGAACGCAAUGUUGGACGGUGUUUGAAAAUGUGAAUCAAAAUGUGCCGGUGAAUCUUUCAUUCAAAUCUAAAGGACCUUGUUCUGAUUGAAAGACAUUACGAAAAUGAUGUUUUUGGCGUUUCUUCUUUUGCUUCCAUCAUGUUUUGCACAUCUCAACGUCUAUCUUAGUAGUGCAGAAGUAUUGAGAUUAUUAGGUCUAACAGCUGAGCUGUAUUAUGUAAGAGACGGUCAAAUCAACUCCUACGCACUUAACUUCGUUGUCCCCGUUCCUGCUAAUAUUGGAGAGUUGCAUUUUUCGUGGCAGAGCUUAACAAGACGACCGUUACCAUACACGCUGCGAGUGGAUGUCAUCUCUCACCCCGAGGCUUUGCACCCGCCAACCUUCAGUAUUCCAAGUACUGGCCUGGUGCCAACUGAACCACAAACGUGGCAAGUGGAUCUGCCCUGUACACACACGGUCGCAGCUGAAGUGGACGUCACCAUCGCCCUCAAUAUCUCUACCGGUUCAUCAUCUACAACAUUACAUUUUAGGAGACGUAAAAUAUGCCUAAAAGAUGCUCCUCGACCUGCUGUAAGAGUAGAUAAUGCCCCCCAUGCCCCCACCUCUGCUGAUAUAUUCUACGCUGGGGCCGGUUGUGCAGGUGGAGUGAUUAUUUUAGCAGCGGUUGCAGCAGUGGCUUGUCGAGCCCGAGCCAGGAAACUUCGUAGAGCAAGAAGCGAUGAGCAAGAUGCUCACGCGUUCUUGCCAGACUCUUCCUGCAAAUCUGCAGCUAGCUAUACAAGCUAUCGGCGUCCAACAUCUUUACCGCCGGUUGCUGCCGAAGAAAGGGCUAGAGAUCUCCAGCAAAGAAUAGCAGAGUUGACGAUACAAAGAUGUCGAGUGAGGCUACGAUCAGUGGCGAUGGAAGGCACCUUCGGUCGCGUUUACAGAGGAACAUAUGCAGACGAAGAUGGCAGGGAACAAGAAGUGUUAGUCAAAACUGUGGCUGAACAUGCAUCGCAAGUACAGGUGUCACUACUUCUUCAAGAAGGCUGCAUGCUGUAUGGGCUUCAUCACGAGCGGGUCCUAUCCGUUCUGGGUGUCAGCAUUGAAGACCAGACGGCACCAUUCAUUCUGUACCCCUGGGGUCCAACCUGGAGAAACCUAAAGCAGUUCCUAUUAGCGUGUCGAGGAGUUACAGUAGGUGGUACCACAGGUGCUCCGCCCCCUCCAUUAACAACUCAACACGUGGUCAGAAUGGCACUUCACGCCUUGGAUGGACUUUCCUAUCUACAUUCGCAACACGUGCUACAUAAGGACAUCGCUGCAAGAAAUUGCGUAGUUGACGAGAAUCUACGUGUCAUGAUAGGUGACAACGCGUUAUGUAGAGACCUCUUCCCAGCUGACUACCACUGUUUAGGAGAUAAUGAAAACAGACCCAUCAAAUGGCUGGCUCUUGAGACACUCUCAAAGAAACAGUUCAGUCCAGCAUCAGAUGUUUGGGCGUUGGGAGUACUUCUAUGGGAAUUGACGACGCUGGCACAUCAGCCAUAUGCGGAGGUCGAUCCGUUUGAAGUUGCUGCGUAUUUGAGGGACGGUUAUAGAUUGCAGCAACCGGCCAAUUGUCCGGACGAAUUGUUCGCAGUUAUGGCCUACUGUUGGGCGAUGUCGCCCGACGACAGACCAACGCUGCCGCAACUGCAAAUAUUUUUACGUGACUUCCACGCUCAACUGACGAGAUUCGUCUAGACAUGAACGUUUAACCAAAGACAAUAGUGAAACGUCAAUGCGUUACCAACGGCCUUAGCCUUAAUAAGGUUUUACUGUAACUUUGUGAAAGCUUUUCGUUUUUCCAAUACGAAUAUUCGACCAAUACACCGUUUAGUGGUUUAAACAAACUUUGUAACCAUGGCAACAUGGUUUUAUAACGCCAUGUAUUCAGUUGUUAUAUUCUAACUACGGAUGUGUUCUACCGACUGGUUAAUUAGAUUUUUAGCGUAUACAGUGCUUUACGUACUUGAAUCUGACAUGUAACUGAAGCCUUUUAAGGACUUUUGAGAGCUAAGGCCCAGGAUAAUGCUGUAAGACUGAUAGUAUAAGAUAGAUAUCACGUGUUUUUGCUUCUGUUCUUCGUACAUUUAUAUAGUAAAAUCUCUGUGUAAAUUGGUUGAAAAUUACAAUAACAUGUGUUCAGUAACAUAUGUUUCUGAUAAUACACAUUAUACAUACAUAAUAUCCCAGAAAUGAUUCAAAAUGUGGAAAAUAUCGAAUUUAAUUUUUAACAAGGAUUUUUUUUUAGUUAUGACGUUACUCACUAAUAAAUAAUGAAAAAUACGAUAUGUUCACCGGAUGUAUGAACGAUGUCCAUAAUUUGAACGAAAUGUGGUUUUUAAUGUAAUAUUACAUAUAACAUUUAAAAAAAUAAUGUAAAGCUCACAUUUCACACAAAGCUAUGAAAUCUGUGGUUAAAAUAAUACCUGUUAACUCGUAAUUCCAGUAAAAACUUCAUUUCAUUCAAAUAUGAUACUUUUAAGGCUACAUAUACCUUUUGGAACCUUAAUUCGGUAAUUUUAACGUAUUUCUCAUCGUAUUGUAAUAAUUUCAAACGACCCAAUUGACACAGAUAUUUUAGCUCUUCGCACUAAUUCAGAACACAAGCAAAAAUAUGCGGUUUGUUACUGCCAUAUUAGAUAUAAAUGUAAAUAAAUAUUGAUGUGCCUCAAAUAUUGUAAAUUUUAUAGUACAAGACAAUAUAUGUGGAUGAUUGUUUAGAACGGGAGCCAUUUGGUAGGGGAAUACUGAAGGCAAGAUUUCACGUAAUUUAAUACAUAUUAAAUUAAAUUUAUAAAAAUACGCAAAUCUGUCUUGAUUUUCAGCGUAAAUACUAAAGCAAUGAGACGAUACAGUGCUUAAUAUAUGUGUACUAAAUGUGAUUCCUAUCAAAAUCGUAUUGGAUUUUGCCUACCCUCAAAACAAAUAAUUGCAAAAUGAUUUGACUUUUCAAAUAUUAUACUGCUUAGUUUUCGUUCAUCGUUAUAAAUUUUUCGAAUAUUUAAAAAAUGUAGUUAAUUAAGUUGUUUUUAUUUAACUGUGAGAUUCGGCCAUUGACACGCACACUACCAAAUGUCUCGCAAGUAUGAUACCGGCGUUUUAAGAAUUGUUAUACUUGACCUGAAGUCGCAUUAGUUCAGUGGGUAGCUGGUUCCACAUAGGGAUGGAACACGGAAAAGCUGCUGAAAAAAACGCUUCUUGUGGCACUACAGACUUCGAGGUGAUACGGGUGAAACAAUUGGUCUACAGUAUUCCUUUCAGGUGGUGUUAAAAUCCUAUAUAUUAAGUGCCAAAAUUGUGCCAAUUUUGGAAAUCCCAAUAGAACUCUUAAUAUCAACAAAUUAUCUGUUUAGCUUAAGAAAGUUUAGUAGUUGGUAAAACGGUUCAUUAUGACACGCCAUAUUUGGUAUGCACAUCUUUGUACCAGUAUUAUUAGUGGCCAGAAAAAAUGUAGUGCCGAAAGUUGAUGUAACUUUUAAUUUCUUCAUAAUAAAUAUUUUUUUUUUAAUAUUUUAUUUAUCCUGUGUGAAGUAAGUUUGAGUUGCAAUGAAAAAAAUAUGUGGCGCGUCUUAGUGAAUCUUAUAAAAUAUCAAGAAUUGUACGAAAAAUUAUGAAGACAUGUAUAAACGCUAUAGAUAAUUUAUUUCUUUAAGUACAUAAAAGACUUAAUGUAUAUGUAAUGUAGCUAUGUAUAUUUGUAAAUAUUUUGUUAAUUAUGUCAAUAUACGAGUGAUUAUAUUGAA